UUCCUCUGCGAAUCGGACAUCAUGUUCGCUUGCAUUUAGAAAGUGAGGAGGACUGAAUGUCUCCGUAUAUAUACACAGACUCAAUGAAAAGUCGGGGUUGUCUACAGCCAGGUCUGGUCUAUCGAGGCAGGAGAACUGAAGGCUGUGCCAAAUAUCUUCUGUUUUCAUCCAUGAAACGGGAAGUCGCGUGAUUAUUGAUGACUUUUGGUGGAAAAAGCCUUCGAAUCAACCAUACGGUGAUUUUCAUGCGUUUUACUGGUGAUUUUGAGAUUGAUCUUUGCCACACUGUACAUCUUCGAAGGAGCCACAGAUCGGACUGUGUUAUGUUAUGUGAAUAUGUUACGGAUAAAGGCAGCUCUGCAAGAUAAAUCCACGUUUUCAUCACUGAACCUCCGCGAAAAUCCUGCUUUGCACGUCUUGUGGUGAUUUCACUUAUGAAAAUGUCAGGAUAUGUACCAUUUCUUAGCAUAACAUAAGACAGCAGCGGCGUAUUGUAAAAUGCAUUUCCAUAUUUCGUACGGCGCGGGAGCGCAACAUGUAUUUCCUGCGUGAAUCCUGUAUGCACAGGAAGAGAAAUGCAUUAUAACAGACUGUAUCAGGCCAAGAUACGCUCUCCGAUCACGAUCACAUCUGUUUUGUCUAUUUAAGCAGCCAUUCGCUUUUUAUUUUCCUUAUCACAGGGUGUCAUGCUGAUCUGGGGCGAAACAUCUCGUUCAAUGGUCGUAUCGCUUCCUUCCUGAUGUUCUUCAUCCAUGCAAGGAUUCACCAUGGAAACCCUCAGGUGGACACCGAGACUGGAUCCUGGAUUGGAAACAGAGAGGCUCAUGGAUGUGUAAACAGCUUCGCAGUCCUUUUUGUCGCCUUCAUGUCAACUUGCUGAGGCUUGUCUUUGCAGACAUCAGAAAAAAAACAAAGGCGUGUAGCUGGGGGCAUUUGUUCGAGAAGUGCGCUGGCGGGCGCCAGUGCCACGAACAUGCAUGCAAGAUCUGAUUCAGAGUCUAAACAUGCGAGCCAUGACAAUCAGGUGGUGACUUCGGAUCUGAUCUCAGGAUUGGACAUUGCCCGACACGUUUCCAGGCUUUCAAGCGACCAAGCGCAAUGUUUUCGGAGCGUCUGCUGCGUUGAAACCCACAAGGAGUAAUAGUUUUCAUAGCAUCUUUUACAAUCCAAAGCCCAGAAUGCCUCGGAACCGGGCCUUUUCCGAGCCAGAGUAUUCUGCGGAGUAUUCGGCUGACUGUUCGGUCACCCUGCCCUCUGACCCCGGGCAGGCGGUGGGACGCACCCACGAGGUGACAGUGCGCAGUUCUGGCUGCUGCCUGUGUCUGCCGCGGUUUAUGCGUCUGACCUUUGCGCCAGAAUCUCUGGAGAACCUCUACCAGACCUAUUUCCGCCGGCAGCGGCACGAGACCCUGCUGGUGCUGGUGGUGUUCGCGGCCCUCUUUGACUGCUACAUCAUUGUGAUGUGCACUGUGCUUUAUACCAGCGAUAAGCUGGCGUCUGUGGUCGUGGCGUCCGUGGGACUGGUGGCAGACGUGCUCUUGUACUUUCUGUGCCGGUACGGCCUGCUCCCCGACCGUGUGACGCGCCGCCUGGUGCCCUAUGCCUUAUGGGUGCUCAUAGCGGCCCAGAUCUUCUGUUACCUAGGACUGAACUUUGCCCGCUUCCAUCAGCCCAGCGACACGGUGGGCUGGCAGGCCUUUUUUAGCUUUUCCUUCUUUUUGACUCUGCCGCUGCGGCUGACCCCUAUAGUGCUGAUCACGGCCGUGUCCUGCGGCGUCCACACCCUGGUCCUGGGCGUCACUAUUGCCCAGCAGCAGCAAGAGGACAUUCAGGGGGCGGCUCUUGGAAGACAGCUGCUGGCCAACAUUGUGAUCUACUUAUGUGCCAUCACAGUGGGCGUCAUGUCGUAUUACAUGGCCGACCGCAAACACCGCAAGGCCUUUCUAGAGGCCCGGCAGUCGCUGGAGGUGAAGCUGAACCUGGAGGAGCAAAGUCAGCAGCAGGAGCGUCUCCUGCUGUCCAUCUUGCCCAAGCACAUUGCAGACGAGAUGCUUCAGGACAUGAAGAAAGAAGCCAGUCAGAAAGAGAUGCAGCAGUUCAACACAAUGUACAUGUAUCGGCAUGAGAAUGUCAGUAUUCUGUUCGCAGACAUCGUGGGCUUCACACAGCUGUCCUCGUCCUGUAGUGCGCAGGAAUUGGUUAAGUUGCUUAACGAAUUGUUUGCCCGUUUCGACAAACUAGCAGCUAAAUACCACCAGUUGAGGAUCAAGAUUCUCGGCGACUGCUAUUACUGUAUUUGUGGCCUUCCAGAUUACCGUGAUGACCAUGCGGCCUGCUCCAUCAUGAUGGGCUUGGCUAUGGUUGAGGCAAUUUCAUAUGUUCGAGAGAAGACGCAGACCGAUGUGGACAUGCGUGUCGGGGUGCAUUCUGGAACAGUCUUGGGUGGGGUGCUCGGACAGAAGCGCUGGCAGUAUGAUGUGUGGUCUACUGACGUGACGGUGGCCAAUAAGAUGGAGGCAGGAGGAAUACCAGGGCGAGUACACAUCUCCCAGAAUACCCUGGAGUGUCUGCACGGGGAGUUUGAUGUGGAGCCAGGGAAUGGAGGAGACCGCUGUGAAUACCUGAAGGAAAGGGGCAUUGAAACAUACUUGGUGGUGGUGCCCAAGGGACCCGUGGGCAAAAAUGGCAUCAAUGGAGUAAAGCUUUCGGUGACGUCAUCGAAUGGGAAUUCUCCAUUACUGAUCAACACCACGGAGUGUAAUGGGAGCGUCCACACGGCAUGUACCACACCGGAGGAUCCAGAGGAGCUGGAUACACGGGUGGUGAACCCCUCAUUUCCAAACCCGCGGCGUCGGUUACGUCUGCGGGAUCUGGCUGAGAGAGUGAUCGACGCUCAGGAGAAUGAACAGGAGCUCAAUAAACUCCUCAAUGAAGCUCUGCUGGAGAGAGAGACCGUACAAGCGCUGAAAGGGAAGUACACUAAUCCUCUGUCUCUGCGCUUCACCGAUCCGGAGCUGGAAACGCGUUUCUCGGUGGAGAAGGAGAAGCAGAGUGGAGCCGCUUUCAGCUGCUCGUGUGUGGUGCUGGUCUUCACUGCCGUCAUGGAGGCCCUCAUUGACCCCUGGUUGGUUGCAAACUAUGUGACUCUGGCCAUAGGAGAAGUCUUGCUGCUUAUUCUUACUAUCUGUUCGCUGGCCGCCAUUUUCCCACGGGUAUUUCCAAAGAGAUUGGUGUCAUUCUCCACUUGGAUUGAUCACACGCGCUGGGCUCGCAACACUUGGGCCAUGGCAGCCAUUUUCAUAGUCACAAUGGCAGACAUAGUGGAUAUGUUAAGCUGUCGGCCUCCUCAGCCCUCCACAAACGAGGUGACUGCGGUCCCUCCGGUCACAGCGGCCGCCAGGGACUGUUCGGAGAAUCCUAAAUACUACAGCUACAUCGCCGUACUGGCUCUUAUUGCCACCACCAUGCUGGUGCAGGUCAGCCACAUGGUCAAACUCACGCUCAUGCUGCUGAUCACUGUAGCUACAGGUGUAGUCAACAUCUACACCUGGAGGGACAUCUUUGACCUGUACGAUCAGGCUCGUUUUAAGGAAUACAGAGUUUAUCUUGUGCCCUCCAAAUACACCAUGAGUGUGAUGAUCUUCAUCAUGAUGGUCAGCUUCUACUACUUCUCCCGACAUGUGGAGAAGCUCGCACGCACACUGUUCCUGUGGAAGAUUGAAGUGCAUGAGCAGAAGGAGAAGGUGUACGAGAUGAGGCGCUGGAACGAGGCUCUGGUCACUAAUAUGCUUCCGGAGCAUGUUGCCCGACAUUUCCUGGGCUCCAAGAAGAGGGACGAGGAGCUUUACAGCCAAUCCUAUGAUGAGAUUGGAGUCAUGUUCGCCUCCAUCCCAAAUUUCUCUGAUUUCUAUACGGAGGAAAGCAUCAACAACGGCGGGAUUGAGUGUCUGAGGUUCCUCAAUGAAAUCAUUUCGGAUUUUGAUAGUCUUUUAGAUGAGCCACAGUUUCGCUGUAUAACCAAGAUCAAGACCAUUGGCAGCACCUACAUGGCAGCAUCAGGAGUCACUUCAGACAGUAACACUGUUAAUGGUUAUGCUUGCAUGAAGAAAGAAGAAAUUUCAGACAGGGAACGGUGGCAGCACUUGGCAGAUCUUGCUGAUUUUGCUCUGGCCAUGAAAGUCACAUUAAUGAACAUCAACUACCAGUCCUUCAAUAACUUCAUGCUCCGCAUCGGGUUGAAUAAAGGGGGCGUUUUAGCUGGUGUUAUUGGCGCCCGUAAACCUCAUUUUGACAUCUGGGGAAACACUGUGAAUGUCGCCAGUCGCAUGGAGUCCACAGGGGUGAUGGGAAACAUCCAGGUGGUGGAGGACUGCUACUGCAUCCUGAAGGACUAUGGCUUCCGCUUCGUGAGGAGGGGACCGAUAUUUGUCAAGGGGAAAGGAGAGCUGCUCACCUAUUUCUUAAAGGGACGUGAAAAACAAGGCUCCUUCAUUAACGGCUCUUUUGUCACCCUGCCGCACCAAGUGGUGGACAGCUCUUGACCAACACGCACACACACACACUGUCGUACUCUUCAAAAUUGCUCGCGCACACCUCACGUCAUACCUCUUCUGCCGAGUACAUGUGCUCCAGUAAUUAGUACUUUCAAAUGUGUUUUCUCUAUUUAUUAGCCUGAAGAAAGAAAUUUUGGUGGGAAACAAGACAGAUUUUCUGUUUAUAUAAGAGAAGUACUAUAAAAUAUAACUUUUGAAAGUGUGCACAGCAACGAAUGAAUGAAACUAAAGUUGAAUGAUUUUAAUAGGCUGCUGAAGUGAUAAACAGUUUGAGAGGAGGUUGUUUUUAAACACAGAUUACAAUGAACUCUACUGUAUAUUACACACUGCGCUGCUCAAAGAAACCUAUUUUUGUUCUUCUUUCAUUUGAAAUCCUUUUAUUAUUUAAUCCUUUAUUAUUUAACGAUUACCCUGAACGUCCAGUAUGUCUGAAUGUUGUUUGCAAUUGAAAAGCUUCUCUGAAUGCCUGCGUAGGAAAGCAUACUUAUGGAAGUGUGUGUGUGUGUGUGUGUGUGUGUAGACAUGCAUUUCUAUAGUAGUCACUUUUUCUUUAUUUGUUGACUUUGCAGUCAUUUAUAAUGGAGAUACACGGGGUUCUAAAGUCUGAGAACACAUCAAAUCAUGUGUUUUAUUCAAUAUAUCCCUGGAAAUAACCAUACAGUUCUAUGAUUUUAAAGAUUUUAAAAAUAAUUCUAUAAUACAUAGCUUGUUAACAGUCAUUGUCCCGGUAGCAGGACACUUGGCACUCUUUUUUUUAAUGCCUUUUCCCCGAUCAGAUAUUUUAGCAAUCAUCAUGAAUUAGGCAUCAUUCGAAAGCUUAACCACUCAAAAUUCAUCCUGUGAAACCGUUUUGAAAUUAGACCUUGCAUUACCAUGUUAACGAUACUUUCUUGUCACCAUGAAAUCAAAAUUUAUUAUUUUUUUUAUAGAAUGUUGCAGUAUUUAUUAUAAGAGCAUAUUAUGAGACCAUAGGGUGUCCCAUUUGUCAUUUUAGGUUUCAGAAGGGUGCUCGCGAGCGGCCCCUUUGCAGGCGAUAUGCGCCUUCAAUGCAGCAGACUUCUCAAUACAUUAGCUUUUUUUCCAUCAUCCUUUAGUUAGCGUUACAUUAUAUGAUCACACUUGUCAUUCAAGUGCUAUUAAACCAUUCAAGCGCAAAGCGAGACGCAAAAAAAAAUCCCAAUAACUUAAAUCUGUACUUAAAUGCGCGCUGGCCGCAUUGACGUAUGCCAAAAUGCCCGUCUUGUCAAGUAUCCUCAUUGGCACAGUCUUAAAUGAGUUAAAUAAAGUCUUAAAUGAUCGUAAAGAGUUGUGAGGACAUCGGAUGUGUGUCAGAUCCACGUCGUGUGCGGCAGGUCUUAAAGUGACAGCAGCCUAAUAAACCUGCUGCUGUGAUGCCUGCCAUUAAUGUUAAUCAAAGAACAAAAGACAAAGAGAAAAUCACACUGCUCUUGACUGAAUAACUUUUGUAGCUUUAAUAAGGAGUAAUCUAUUUUCAAUUUAUAAUUUAUGCAGUGAAGGCUGUUAAGUGUUUGAUAACUUACAUAUUUAAAAUAUACUGUCUUUAUGUUGUUUCCACCUUCAUUCGGAGAUUAUAUGUGAAAUUAUUACAAUAUAAAAAUAUAUUAAAAACUUUACAGUUAGGUGCGAUUAUGAUUAAUUACAGAAAAAUGUGCGACUAAUUAGUUAAUUUUUUUUUUUAAUCGAUUGACAGCACUAAUAUAUGUAUAUUUAAAAUUGUAAAAACAUGGUAUUCUAAAAAUAAAAGCAGAAGCACUUUCACUGGUGGUCUCAGACUUUUGGACCCCACUAUCGUUCUAGUAAAGUGUUCCUCAUGUGCCAAAUACAAGCCACUAUGUGCGUCAGUUUGUGGUACUCUGAGGACGCAGUCAGAGGUCAGCAGGGGUGUAGGAGUAUCACUGUGAACGGGUUCAUUGUGUGUGUCUGUCCGCACUACAUUCAUGGCAGUAUUGCAGGGAUGAAUGUUUCUUAAUUCAGAAUAUAUUCCCCAUGGUGUCUUUCCUCAAAGAUUAGAUGAAUGUGCAAUAGUUUAUUCUUUUACGCCAUCCUGCUCUCCAGUACAGUUUUAAAAAGAGCCCUCCUCUCCCAGCAAGUCAUAUUUUUAUAUUAUGAUGUAAAAGUUGUAGUUAAAGAGUAUUGUACAAAGAGACCGGACGUUAGGCUGGAACGGUGUGUCUUAAAAACUGGCCAGAAAGUUAAUUUAUUGCCAGUGUCAGGGACGUUCUGUGUCGGUAAGCAGAAGUCACAUCUGAUUUUGACUUUCGUAUGUUAAAAUGGUUUAUGAGGGCAUGACAUUGUGGCCGAUCUCUGUGGUUUGAUACCAGACUAAAAUUUGAUAUUUUUGAAUUAUCCUUAGAUAUGGAAUAAAAUGGCACUUUGAAUGAUCUGUUA